AUGACGUAAACGCAACGGAUAGAAAAACACGCACCGUGAAAAUCCGUGCCGCCACAUCGCCAAUCAGCUGAUUUGGCGAAGUAUCCGUGUCUGACGUUGCAACCCUGUUGAGAGAAUUAGCUCAAACAUCUCGCAGAUCCGACUUUCGUUUCGAGUUGAGGUGUGAUGGUGGUUUCUCUGUCGCAAAUUAUACCGUAUGUAUACCAUGGAAUUUUGGAGUUAUGAGAUUCAAAGCAGCUCAUUCGAAAAAAAGAAAAACUCCAGAUAAGAAUGAGGCGUGUCUUGAAGAAAAGCUUUUAAACUGUAAUGAAGUGCCUGUGCAGGCUGAUGCAAUAAUGGGCCUGGGAAAUAACCAUGUUUUAGAGGAUACAACUUUGAACAUGGUGGAGGAAUUCAUGCCCUUUGAGAACUCCACUGAUAAAACACUAGAGAAUCAUCUGCCCAUAGUCAUGAGCAAACACAAAGCACCAAUCCUUCGACUCCGCAGCAGAGCAACAUCCCGGUCUGAAAGACAAGCUAAAGGGAAAAGUACAUCAGAAAUCAACGCAAGACCUGUUCGCAAAACUGUAUCAGAUUCGGUGGACUCCAAGAAAAGGCCUACUUCACAGUUUUAUGAUCUUGAUUUUGAACAAGUCAGUUCGAAUGGGGCAAGCAUAUUUCCUUUGGGCCACGUUGCCAGUGGAUCACAGCCUAUAUUGUCAGAAGUUGAUGAACUCACGGACAUUUCAGCGACAUCGUCCAAUUUAAUAACAAGAUAUAAUCUUUCAUUACAUACAUCUACUCCACAGCUUUCACCAACAGAUAGUCUUUUGCAAAGAUUUCGAAAGAGUUUUGCCCUUCGUUUUCAGAAAAAGAAAACAGUGUCUAGCACAGAUCUUCAUACUUCUUCCCUUAAGCCAUCAGCAGAAAUUAGUGAAUAUAAUGAACAAGAAAAAAUAUCCAAUUCUCAUAUUUCUAUUGAGUUGCAUAAAACGAAUCUUGUCUCAGAGCAAGAGGCAAAAGGAACUGCAACAGAAAAACUUUCUGUUCCACAGACAAAUUGCAGACUAAAUGACCUGCAUAAAAAUUCUCAAAAUGAACACGAGAAACGAUCAAGUACAAAUAACAGACCAAAAGCACAUUCCAACCCACCCAAUAUUCAAGUUAGAAAACGAAAUAAAAGAGCAGAUUGGAGAAUGAGUCUUAUUUAUGACAGUGUUGAUAGUGUUUUUGAUACAUCUAAUAAAAAUUCUUUAAACAAAACUCUUGGCACGUCUGUAUUUUCUGGAAGUGAUGCAAAUAUUCAUCAGAAAACAACUGCAUCGCCAGAUUAUUCUUCCAAGUCAAAAGCUGUUACUGAUUCGUUAACCCCAGAAAAUAAUCUCUCUCCACGCACAAAAUCUUCUGAUGGCAGGCAUGACUUAACAAGGACAGCCUCGGAUACAACAAGUUCAGAAGACCAACAGAAAAAUAUUUCUAGUCUUGAUCAGAUAUGGCGAGCUAAUCCUAUGAAAUUGUGUAGAGCACAUUCACGAAUACUAAUGUCCAAACAGAGAGGGCGAUAUCGUCUGAGACGCUCAAUUAGUCAACCAGUAGAACUGGAAAUGACUGGCUCUGUACACAAUUUAAGAGAAUGUACACGAGGUUCUGCUGAUCAUGAUAGCUUUCAGAAAGGAAGUUUAUCGUCAGAUGAUGAGGCUUCUUCAGAAAGUGACAUCUAUCACAGUCAUUGUUGCAGCCCAAGUAGGCGCUCAAAUACAUGUUGGGAGCUUUCUGGAGAAGGUAGUUUGUAUGCUGAAGCCAUUUGGGACCACGAAACCCUUGAUUCAGAAGAAUUGCCUUUUCUGGCUGGUGAUAUAAUUGAAGUUACAGAUAGAAGUGAUCAAGAUUGGUGGUGGGGCACAAAGGAUGGUCAUGGGGGAUGGUUUCCAUCUGCAUUUGUAAGGCUUUAUGUUAGUCACAGAACUUCAUCACUCCAUUUUAAUGGUGAACAGUCUGAAAACAGUCCGAUUCCAUGUUCUCCUUCCAAAUUAAAUAUCAGCAAUUUAAGCUGUGAGCAAGUGCGAGCCAAUAUUGUUCAGGAGAUUGUUGCCACAGAAAAGGAUUAUGUAAAACACUUGAAAGAUGUAGUCGAAGGCUACUUAAAACAAGUUCAUCGACGGCCUGAUAUGUUUAGCAAAGAGAGAAUUGAAACAGUUUUUGGAAAUAUAAGAGAGAUUUAUUGCUUUCAAAGCCAAUUCCUGAAGCAGCUAGAGCAGUGCUUGGUUGAAGAAGCAGCUCAUCUUAGUCAAAUUGGGACUUGCUUUCUGAACCAUAAAGAAGAAUUUAAAAUGUACUCUCAAUAUUGCAACAACCAUCCAUUAGCUGUGAGCGAAUUGCAAGAGCUUUACUGUGAUUCACAAUAUAUUCAUUUUUUUGAGGCAUGUCGUCUUCUACAAGAAAUGAUAGAUAUUUCUUUGGAUGGAUUCCUUCUUACUCCAAUACAAAGAAUUUGUAAAUACCCAUUACAACUGGCUGAACUACUAAAAUUUACUGAUGAAAGUCAUCCAGAUCAUGUUCCUGUAAAAAAUGCCCUUGCAGCUAUGAGAGAAGUGGCAGAGCUUGUUAAUGAACGUAAGAGACGAAUGGAGUGCUUAGAACGCAUAGCUGAAUGGCAAAAUACUAUUGAAGGUUGGGAGGGACCUGAUGUUCUGGAUACAAGCUCUAUUUUAAUUCACUGUGGAGAAGUUACAAGAGUGUCGUCGUCUUGGUCAAGAGAUAUAUAUUUGUUCAUAUUUGACCAUCAACUCAUAUAUUGCAAAAAGGAUCUCUUGAAACGACAAACCUACGCUUAUAAAGGCAGAUUGAAUCUUGAUUACUGUGAUAUUAUUGAUGUUGAAGAUGGUAAAGAUACUCAGUUUGCUGUAAGUGUGAAAAAUGCAUGGAAAAUAUACUCUAAAGAUAAGGAUAAAUGGUAUCUUUUUUAUGCUAAGACAUCUCCCGAGAAGGAUCAGUGGCUUCAUGCAUUUAAAACUGAAAGGCAGCGAGUAAUUGAGGAUGAAAAGCAAGCAUUUAUCGUAACUGAAGAAGCCAAGAAAAGUGCCAGAUUAGCUGUACUGAACAAACAGAAACCUAAGCGACCUAGAGCAAAAUUUUCAAAGGGAAGAAGAUGCCAUCCUGAUGUUGCAGUUACAGAAAUACUUCUUGAUUCACCGAGUGCCAAAGCACGCAGUGGAAGCCUUCCUUCGAAUAUACAUCCAGAACUUGCUAUUAUGGCUGGUGCUAAGUUGGGACCUACAAGGAAAAAGGGAUCUGGGUGGUUUCACUUUGGGAGUGGUAAAAAAUCGAAAAGUUAAAAAAAAAUUGUUGUAAUGGCAUUUUUACAUUGUUGCCAUACAUGAACUUAUAUGUUUGUGAAUAUUUUAAUUCAUCAAAAAUAAUAAAACUCCAAAAAGUCCUUAUUGAAGAUGUUUGAAAAAAAUGAUGAAAGACUAGAAUUAAUCCAAGGUUUGAGUAAGUUAAUGAAUGUCAUUGCAUGCAUUUGUAUUUAUAGCACUGAAACACCAUAAAUAAAUAAUCUCACAGAAAUGUAUUUUACAGAUUCAUGACUUCACGACAGAAGAUAAAUUUAAUUUUAUUUAGAACAUUUGAUAGCUUGCAACUAUAUUUUGAAAAAUGAAAUGGAAUUAUAAAUUUUUUCAUGAAUACUAUAAUUUUAAAAAAUUCUUCUUCAAAACAAAGGACAUAGCUGGUGAUGUUUGUAUCUACAAACAGAAAAUUCCCUAUUUUGUGCCAUUAAUGGGGAAAAUAUAUACUAUGCAUGACAUCACUACUCAACAAAACAAGAGUGUUUUAAUUUUAUUCAUGAGAUUGUGAGCGUGUACACAAGAAAAGUGUAGAGUAGUAUUUAUUACAACUGUAAAUACUGUAAAACCGGUAAUACUCAACUUUUUACUGCAAUUGCUUCACGUGUUUAUUCCCAUUUUGUAUUUCUUGUUGCUGCUAAUAAGUAAAGCAAAAUUCUCUUUUUGCUUUGCUACAUGGUUCAUACAUAAAUAUUAUUGUGAUUAUAAAAAAGAAAAGUUCAAAAUUUUAUGAAUAUUUUUGUUAUUUCACAUUUGAUACUUUCUAUUUUAAUAUUUUGAAGUAAUAGUUUUUUCAUGUCGUUUUCCUAAAAUGUUACUUUUUAGACAUGACAAAUAAAACUUAAUGUAUUGACUGGUGCUGAUGAUUAUGCAAAGAAAUGUAGGAUUUGCUGCAUUUGAUAAAAGUCUUUUAAGCAUGUAAUUUAUUCAUUCAUUUUUUUUCUCUGUGAAUAUCAUUAUUUAUGUUAAAAUGGAAUUUCUCUUUGAAAUGUAACCUGUCUGUUCAUGAGGAUUUUUUUUUAAAUGUGUAUUAAUUGGAAUCAGUGUUCUUAUUCCAUUUAUAUUCAGUUCAUAAUUAUUUUAUUGCAUUAAUUAUUUUUUAAAAUCUUUCUCUUCAGCACAAAAAAAAAAUGUUUAAAAUGACUUUUUUUAAGCAAAGUUAUUGAGUAUAACUCAUGUAUGUUGAAUGGGCUGUUAAAAUUAUUUUAAAUUAUCAAUGCUACAUUUAAAAAAAACAUUGUUGCUUAUGCUAUGUGAAAAAAAAAAGAAAGUAGGAAAGUCGAUGAUAUUACUGAUUUUUGUGUAAAAAUAAUCGUAUAUGAAAUUUAAUUUGAAAAAUAUAUCUGGUUUAUUAUACUUUUAAGUAUGAAACUAAGAAAAAAAGUAGUACCAUAAUUUUGGGUAGAUAAGCCGCCUUAUCGUAUAUGCCGCAGGUGCAGUAAUUUACUAAGUAAAAACAAAAGUUCAUCGGAUAAGCCUCUCCAUCGUAUGUGCUGCAGAAGAGCAUAUCAAAACAUGGCUCCGCACCCCCUCUAUAUAUAUCUCUCUCUAUUUAUACAUAUGUAUGGAUGCGAUCAUUUGUUAUAGUUAGAACAAAACUGUAAAAAGUGACUGCACUUGUUGAUAGGUAGAAAUGGAGUAAACUUCGUGUAAAAAAAAAAGAUCAGAAAACGCUAUGAUUACACAUAAAACUAAUGUUGCCGGAUGACAUCUACAUUUGGUUGGAUGAGAAGUUUUCAAAUCAUUGUGUUAUACUUAGCAGUUCAUCAAAAAAUUGUUUAACUUUUAUCAAUUGAUGUUUUUUUUUAAAUUUAUCAUUAAUGAGACAUUUUUAAACAUUACUCAAACUAUAGGGACUCUUAACUCAGACAAGCUAGCGAUUCCUCCAUUUUUCAGUCUUGUGAAAUGUAUGGUAUCAUCAUGAAUCUGGCAACACUAGAACUGGAAAGAAUAACAGCGAAUAGCGGUAAAAUCGGCACAAACUAAUGCUGGAUUAAGGAAGUGAGAAAUUAAAUUUAAUGAGAAACCUGUUUUAUGGUGCAAUUUGAGAGCUCAGCGUUUUUUAAUGAAUGUUAACAUUGCCACUCGAUUGGGCGAACAUGAGAAACACUAAGAAAGAAGGGUGGGGGGGAAAAUUUCUUCAGAUAGGCCACCCUGGCAGAUACGCCGCAGAUGUUAAGUUUCAACUUUAAAACACAUAUAACCCGCAGCUUAUUUACCCAAAAUUACUGUACUCAGACCCUAAUGAGUGUGCUAAGAGAUAUCAACUAUAUUUCUAAUAUGCUCAUGUGUCUUUCAAAAUGUCAAGAACAUUAUUAUAGUUUCUCCCUUAUGUGCAAGUUCAAUGCUGCUAAAGGUUCCUUUGCUUAAAAAGAUUUUGGAGUCUCAAAAUUUCUCACAAUUUCAAUGAUUUUUCCUUUGAUAGCCUGUUUGUAUUUUGGUAAUAAGUGUCAUUCAAAUGUAUUCAUAUGAAAAACAAUCAUUUUACAAUUAUUGCCAAUCCAAUUUCUGAAAUUGAAAAUGUAUUGUUUUUUGCUCAUUGGAAAGUAACCAAUUUUUCAAUAUUCUUCUUUAAAAUAUACUUUUGAUUUUCAUCUGUGUUUGGGCAUGCUAGAUCUCUGAAUAACGCUUAAAUAAAGCAGUUCUUUCAUUUUGAUUUUAAAUUAAAUUAGUCUGUUUGGAAAAUCAGAGCUUUUAUAUGAAUUUAUCUGGUUCAUCCUCAUAAUAUGUUUGUUACGUUUUGUUAGCGAUAAAUGCUUUAUUUAUGGCAAAAAUGUUACUCUUAAUUAUCACAAGAGUCAUACAUACAUAUAUAUGUGCAUGCAUGUUGAAAUAGAGUACUGAGCUUACAUUUUUUUGAAUGUUGAAAAUGAAUGUUUAAAUCUGAAAGAGAAAUUAUGGAAGUUGUUUUUAUUACACUUUUGAAGUGUACUUGAAAUGGAUACUGUGUUUAAAUGUUUCCUUAAUUUUUAAAGAAUAUUACUGUAUGAUCUAGGAUAUGUAUAUAGGUGUGAUGUUGUUGGUUAAAGAAGAGGCACAGCAAUUUUAAUAGCAGUUGAACACAUUUCUUGAUAGAAAUCUCUUGUAACAUAUCAUUUCUAAUUAAAUUUGUGUG